UUUUUAUAUAUUCUCUCUCUCUCCCUCUCUUGCCUUUCCAAGUCUUACCCACCAAACCAAAAAGCUUCCUUUAAUCAUAAGCUUCAAAACCCAGAAUCAUCAUUCAUCAAAGUUCAACUCUUUCACCUUUCUCAUUGCAUAGCAGCUAUGCCUAACUGGGAGCUGAAGAAUUGUUGUGACCAUGACCAGAAGGUCUUCAUUGCUUGUGUUGCUGCCUUCACUGUUGUUAUCCUUGUGCUAUGGAGAACUUUUCUACUUACACCUUUUAAGCUCAUCACUGUAUUUCUGCAUGAAGCGAGUCAUGCAAUUGCUUGCAAGCUCACUUGUGGCCAGGUGGAGGGAAUCCAGGUUCACGCAAAUGAGGGUGGGUCAACACAGACACGUGGUGGCAUAUACUGGGUGAUCUUGCCUGCUGGAUAUCUUGGUUCAUCAUUUUGGGGAAUGGCUUUGAUACUUGCUUCCACAAAUCUUAUCACUGCAAGAAUUGCUGCUGGUUGCUUUAUUGUUGCUCUUAUUAUUGUGCUCUGUAUUGCUAAAAAUUGGACACUCCGAGGACUCUGUAUCGGAUUUAUUGUUUUUAUUGCUGUAAUUUGGCUUCUGCAAGAGAAAACAAAAGUCCACAUCCUUCGCUAUGUCAUUCUGUUUAUUGGUGUGAUGAACAGUUUGUUUUCAGUUUAUGAUAUUUAUGAUGAUUUAAUAUCUCGAAGAGUCCACUCUAGUGAUGCUGAAAAGUUUGCAGAAGUUUGUCCAUGUCCUUGUAAUGGUGUAGGAUGGGGAGUUAUUUGGGGUAUGAUAUCAUUUGCGUUUCUUUGCGCGUCUUUGUACCUUGGACUAGUCAUAUUAUCAUGAGGUUGAGAAAUUUGUAUCCAAUUAAGAUGUUUGGUACUGCAAAGAGCUUAACUCUUUCUAUUUUGAUGCUUUGCAUUCUGAAUUUUUGUUCUAUCUAAUUUUUUUCAUGCUGGGAGUUUGUACUCUCUAUGUUACUCCCAUAAUUUCAUUCUUUGCAGCCUAUUUAGGGUUGCUUGGCAUAUGAUUGCUUUUGUAUAGGAAACUUAUUUUCAUGUAUUGAGUUAUUGGGGCAGAUUUACAAUUAGUGAAAAACAGGUUAAUAUUUUACAGUAAGAGAUUUGUGCCUCUGGCACUUGCUACUCUU